CAGCAGAGAGCGGUAAUCACAACAUGGCGCUGCGAUUGGAGGCGAAGGUCAUCACGACGACCAACCACGACGCCGACCGGCCGGCGACGGCGGCGGCGGUCACCGACGUCGACGAGGACGAGCUGUUCGAGCUGGACAUCGCCCUCCUCGACGGCCGUUCUGCUGCUGCUGCUGCUGCUGCUGCUGCUGCCGACGACGAUGCUGGUGGGCACGCCCUGCUGGCCAACUGCCUGCUGCCGGUGCGCUCGGUGAGCAACGCGGUGCCGGUCGCGGCCAGCACGUCGUACCCCUACUCCGGCUACCACAGCUCGAGGAGGCUCAUCUUCACCGGCGGCGUCGGCAGGAGGUUUCUUGGACGGUCGGCUGGGAGUUCGGCGAGGUUGUGCUUCUCGAGCAGAGGAUUCGAGACCUUGGGCAACUACUACUUUCAGAGAUACUGAGCAAGAGUUGCUAUAGGUCCAGUGGCUUAAGCCCAGAGUCUGCAUUUUCGGCCCAAUAUGAUCCAUCUCUGUACUCAUUUGUGGCCCGGUCGUAGCGUGGUGAGAAUAAAUAACUUCGUGUAAAUGAUCCUAGACAAAAGAAAGUAUAACUUCGACUCGUCGAGCUUUAUCAAACUCCUUUUUAUUUCAGGUAUAAGAUUCUAAAAGGAAGCUUGCACAUCAGGAUUUGAAGUUUUGAACCAUAGAUUUGUGAUCAAAUAUAUGCAUAGCUCCGUCAUGUGUCAAUUAUUGUAUUGAUAUGCAAAUGAUAGGUCCCUUCCACCUCUUUUGAGACUAAUUCUCAUAGAGAUAUGCAUUAUAAAUAAAUCCAACCAAAUGUUUUAAAA